AUGGCGACCCCUCUGCCACAAGUCGUGGGCUACAUGAUAGUCGUUGUCUUGGGGUUGAUCAUCGCACUGGGUAUGUUGAUGUCCCUACGGCUGGAACGACAGCUAACAGGCGCAGCGAUGAUGGUCAUCACCAAGAUUCUCAAGAGAACAGCAGGUGAAGAUAACAAGAAGACAGAAAUGUUUAUGACUGCCAAUCGAACCGUUCGCACUGGAUUGACAGCGUCUGCGGUCAUAUCGUCCUGGCUCUGGUCAACUGCCAUGUUGGGCUCUGCAUUUGUGGGCUAUGAUUAUGGCGUAUCCGGUCCUUUUUGGUUCGCUGCUGGCUGUAGUCCGAUGAUCGUCUUCUUCGCCCUGCUGGGAAUCUCCUGCAAGAGGAAGAUUCCUGAAGCCCAUACAUCGCUAGAGGUUGUUCGGAUCCGAUAUGGACGAAUUGCCCACGUUGUCUUCAUGACACUCUGCUUGGUCAACAACAUCUUCGCUUGUGCCAAUAUGCUCUUAGGUGCAGCGGCAGUGAUUGCAGCCUUGACCGGUGUGCAUAUUGUAGCAGCGACAUUCCUCUUGCCUGUGGGUGUGACUGUCUACACCUUCGUUGGUGGCAUCAAAGCAACAUUCUUGACGGACUAUUUCCACACUGCUGUCAUCGUCAUCAUCGCAUGUUAUUUUUCAAUCAAAGUGUUCACAGUCGACGAGGUUGGCUCCAUCGGCAACCUGUACGAGCUGGUCAAGUCGGCCUCUGAGCGUCAUCCAGUUUCUGGAAAUCAUGCUGCCACUUACCUGACUAUGACCUCUAAAGGCGGCAUUCUCUUCGGCAUCCUUCACAUUUGUUCCAACUUCGGCUUGGUCAUUAUGGACACGAGUUUCUUCAUCAAGGCAUUUUCGGCGGCUCCUUCGGCAGUCGUGCCCGGAUAUACAAUUGGAGGCAUUGCAUAUUUUGCUAUACCGUGGGCUCUGGGAACCAUCAUGAGUUCAGUCGCUCUUGGUCUAGAGAAUCAGCCCAUCUUUCCAACCUACCCACGUCGGAUGACAUCGACAGAGGUCAGCAAUGGGCUCGUCUUGCCUUAUGCAGCCAUGGCGAUUGCAGGCAAAGGAGGCGCGGCGGCCAUCCUUCUCAUCACCUUCAUGGCAGUGACGUCGACACUGUCGGCACAGGUUAUAGCCGUCAGUUCGAUCCUUAGCUUUGAUGUUUAUCGCGAGUAUUUCAACCGAAAGGCCUCAGAUCGCGACAUCAUCCGUGCAAGUCAUUUUGGAGUCAUCUUCUUCGCGGCCUUCUCCGCCGGGUUCAGCACCAUGCUUCACUACGUCGGGAUAGACCUGGGAUGGACUCUGUAUAUGCUCGGCGUGGUCACCUGUCCUGGCAUCUUCCCCAUGGCCUUCACCAUCCUGUGGCGCCAGCAAAACAAAGUAGCGGCCAUCCUUUCUCCUGUGCUUGGUCUGGCAACUGGUCUAGGGGUCUGGCUGGGAACGGCCAAGCACUUUUAUGGUGCCGUGACAGUGUCCACAACUGGCCAGAUCCUGCCCUGCGUCUAUGGCACCGUCGCCUCUGCUUUUUCACCCAUCGUUUACUCGGUCGUCCUCACCCUUUUGCAACCACAGAAUUACGAUUGGGCGGAAUUCAAGAAAGAGAAACUGGCUCUCGAGAAACUGGAAGGUGACCUCACCACAGUGCACAGCCAUCAGGGGAAGUCUUCAGCACCCAGCGCAAAAGAACUGAAAAGAUGGGGCCGCAUCGCUGCGUUCUGGUCGAUAGCUACCUUCUUGGGACAUUGGGUACUGUGGCCCCUUCCCAUGUACGGUGCCAAAUAUGUCUUUGGCAAAACGUUCUUCGUUGUCUGGGUAGUGGUUGCCAUCAUCUGGCUGUGGGGCACAAUGUUAGUGGCGAUUGUGUAUCCUAUCCUCGAUGGAGGCUUCCAGCAGAUGAUGCAGGUCUAUCAAGGGUUAACUAGGGGGGAAGCAUCGACGAGCACGCCAGUAGAGAGCUCGACGCCUUCAUAUUCAUCAAUCCUUGAGAAGGAGCAGGUAAAAGCCUGA